UCACUUGAUUGGUUAGCUUGUUUGCUCAAACGAUUCUUACAGAUCCGCCCAGGAAGUGGCAAACAGGGCGAGAGUGCAGAACGAAAAACAUCUUAACAAACGGCAAAAAAAAAGUUGUGAAAUUGUGGCUUUCAAGGGUUGUGUGUGUGUGUCAAUGAUGUCUAUAAUCUUCCGUUUCUGUUGAAAUAGUCAAUGGAAAAUAUAUUUGAGCGAUAAGAUACAGUUCACCGACCCAAGAGGGGUAGAAAUGGCGGGGUUUGUUUUAGUUUCUAGCCUUCCUGCUAUGCAGACAAGUUUUUAAGCGAACGGAUCAGCAGGUAGAAAACUGAAGCAAUACUUAUUCAACCCCGAUCACAUUAGUACAAAAUUCACUUUUUGGACGAGUAGGCUAUUGCAACAAUAUUUUUUAUUUUAAGUGUUUGUUUUUCUCUCAACUGCCUCCUGGGUCCUACUAACAUGACGCCCGACCUCCUUAACUUCAAGAAGGGAUGGAUGUCAAAACUGGAUGAGAAUGGAGAGUGGAAGAAGCACUGGUUUGUGUUGACCGAUGCUGGUCUGAGGUACUACAGAGACUCUGGGGCGGAGGAGAAGGAUGAUCUGGACGGGGAGGUUGACCUGAAGUCUUGUGUAAAAGUGUCUGAGUUUGAUGUAGAGAAGAACUAUGGAUUUCAAAUACAGACGAGGGAGGCAGUUGUCACACUGUCAGCUAUGACUGCAGGGAUCAGGAGGAACUGGAUUGAGGUUCUGAGGAAGAGUGUUCGGCCCAGCAGCUCUCCAGACCUUACACAACUGCCUGACAGCAGUAGUGACAAGGAGAACUCUCGCUCCCUGGCCUCCUCUCGUCGACCACCUUCUCGCCACGGUGAUGCUGGAUCAGAAUUCACCACCUCCACUGUACGCCGAUUUGACUGUGUCGAGCUGUCACCAGUGCCUGUCCCCUCCAGCCCUCUGCCAGCCACUCAGAGAGAGGCAGGGGAGGGGCAGGGCAGGGAGCACGCCCAAUGGCAGGAGGAGAGGAGCAGAGAUGUGACCAGUAGCACAUGGGAGCAGGUGCUGUCGAGGAAAGGGCCGGGUGUAGGCUCAGACCCCAGGAUAAGAGCAGAGGAGGAAAUUGAGAGAAAGUGGGUAGAGUUUGAGCGGCUGCCACUAAAGGAGAUGAGGUCACUACUGCCAAUGGGCUCACGGUCCAGCCAUCCAGCCAAUGAGGCGCUGCAGAGGGAGGUGGCGUCUCUGAGGCAGCAGCUGGAGCGUUUGCAGGGAGGAGGGUGGGGUGGGGGGAGGAUGGGGGGAGGUAGCUGUGGUCGGGAGGCAACGUGCGGCCGCAGCCUUCAGGCCAUGGAGCGGGCCCACAAACGGGCCCUGGAGGAGCUGCAGAAGCAGCAUGCCCGCGAGACCCGAGAGCUGGAGAGGGACAGGGACCGGGUGCUGAGGGAGGAGACCCAGGACACAGCACAAGUUAUGGAGACACUGAAGAAGGCCCACAGGGAAGAGCUGGAGAGAGAGGUGGAGAAGGCAAAGAGGCUUGGUGGAGGGAGUGCCAACACACAGACUAUACGCUCACAGCAGCAGUUAGAGACCCAGGCCCUGCAGAGGGAGCUGUCCGGCCUGUCUGAGAGGUACUCCCAGAAGUGUCUGGAGCUGAACAGGGCUGAGCAGAGCAACGGGGAGAGGGAUAAAGACAUCACUCACAAGGAGGGCGAGCUGGAGCAGCUGAGGAAAGAGAACCAGGACCUACAGGCCCGUUUGACAGAGGAGAUCAGCCGCAUGCGCUCCAUCGUCACGGGCCAGGGGUCGGAGGGCGUUUCCCACGACAACCAGGACAGGCUGUCCUGUGAGCUGGAGGUUCUUCUCAGGGUGAAGGAGAAUGAGGUGCAGUACUUGCACAAGGAGAUCAGCUGUCUGAGGAACGAACUUCAGUUCCUGAACACGGAGAAGCAGUCGGCCUGUGAGCGGUAUAAAGAGGUGCACGGGGAGCUGGGUGGUAUGAAGAGCAGGAGUGAGCGGGAGAUCCAGAGCCUUAGGGAGCACCUGAGAUUGGCCAUGGUUGCCCUGCAGGAGGGCCAGAAACUAGGCAACAGCCUGGGACACUGAGAGACCGCCACAAGGGCUCUAGCUCAGAGACACAGAGAGUUGUGUGGGCACAAUGGUGACUGAAGUAGGAGAGGAGCAGAAGUCUUCGCACCAGAAGAUGCCGGCUCGAGGGACCACGAUAGUGCCUUAGCUUUCAAUCAUUCAGCCAAUGAGUGGCAUAAACUAGUAUCAGCUGAUCGGUCAUAUUACACUGGGUCGCGCAAAUUUUAAUCUGCACUUUUUAAACUUUUUCUAUUGUUGAUGUGCGAGAGUGAGUGAAUGAAAAUAUUGGUCUGAGAAACUGGAUUAUUUGUGUAAAGACUGUUGCUGUGAUGUAUUUGUGACCUGAAACAGCACCUUUCUCUGCAUACCUACCUACAUGUAGACCUACUAUUUACAUGUUGACAGUAGCCAACAUAUAAACAGUUGGUCAACAUGUUGGCUACUGUCAAAAGCUGAAUAAGGAAGCAGGAUAUAAUUCUCGCCAAAAACCAAACUAUUUUCAUUUCAGAGCAUGGAUUUGAACAUACUAAUGAGUCAUUCCAUGCCAUUUCAGCAAGCCAUGACACCCACCAUCUCAGAUUGUUCUGAAAUAGUUUCUGUAGUUGGCAAUGGGUAAGAUUGACAUUCCUGAAACAUUUUGUUGAAACUUAAUUUGAUCUCUGAGAAAGGUAAGGGAUUGCACCCAAAUUGGCCAUUUUUUUAUUUAUAGGAUUCAGAUAAUAUUCAAUAUAGUAUCCAACAUCCGAUUGGGACCAAACAUCUUCCUACUAAUGAGUAAGACAUGAGGAAUCUCAUAACAUUGUCAAAACCCACCACACCCUAUGUCUGUUUUAACAAGUAGUAUAAAGCUGCGGCUUGGAGUACUUCUCCAUACUAUGUAAUGUAUUCCCUAUGAAUCUGGUGAAUUUUUUUUUUUUUUUUUUUUCUCUCCACGUUCAGAGAAAUUAAUAAUUGAAGUCACUUGCAUUAUUUACCAUAAAGUAGUUUGAAAGUACUAGGUUUUGACCAUUAGAUGCCGUGGUCCUGCUAUACUGCCGCACUCUUAUAUAUUUUGCUGGUCUCUUAUGUUUAUUAAACAGGUCACAACAAUCCUUUGCAACUUUGUAAACAAAACCAAUAGAUUUGGCUCAUGAAAAUACAUUGUGUGGUCAUCUGCCAAAUUUCAAGCCAGUCCUCUAUGGAAGCAAUUCAGUUUGUCAUUUUAUGCUUAAUGUGUCCAGCAAACGGACGCCCUGUGUGCGGUUUAUUCCCUUUAAAAAAAGGUCUGGAUUAGUUCCUGUUUGACCGUUCCCGGUGAACAAGACAACCAUUUACUCUAUAGCAGUUCUAAUGGUUUCAAUGUUAUGGUCUUCGGUGAUAUAAGUCCCAAACAUAAAAUGUAUUGUGUUUUGUAAUGGUAUUGGGUUGGAAUUAACGCUAAAUGUCACUAAUCGCAAUGCUGUUCCCUAAUUAUUUUUAUUUUUAUUGAAAAACAUGACUGCCAUGCAAUGUAUUUUAUUAGGGUUGUCACAUUUUAGUCCCUAGACCAUUUCUCCAUCAAAGUUUUGGACAUGUAGAAAAAGUGUUCAUAUGAGAAUUGCACCAUAGGGAUAGCCCUUUCAGAAAGCUGCCACUUGUUGGAAUAUUCAAGCAACUUGUUGAACAUAACUGAAACUAUACUGUUUGUUGGGGUAGUAUUGGCAUUUGUUGGGGUCUUACUCAUUGGUAGGAAGAAGUUAAUUCCAAUUUGGGCGCAAUCAAUAAGAUCAUGAGAUUAAAUUAUAUUUAAACUAAAUGUUUCUGGAAUGCUAAUCGUAUCUCUGACUAACUACAGAAACAAUUUGAGACGGUGGCGUAUCCAGCCUUUUUGUGCUUUUUGAGGUGGAACGACCUUCAUGUUGUACGUGAACAAUGGUUGCUCUCGGUGAUUGUUGUCAUUGUACGCAUUUUACUUCGCAAACCUAUUUGUCGCUUUAUUCCGUGUAAUAUCAUCUUACAAUGUGGGUCUCUAUUGUGAACAAUAACUAUUUACAUUUGGGAUUGACACAGAGAAAGUGGUUUGGAACUGUAAAAUCCUGGGAAGCCAAAUUGGAAAUCGCACUCAUUCCUCCAGUGUGUAGAUACAAGUCAUCUGAAUGUGCUUUUUGUUUUAUAUAGUGCCUUCUGUGACUGGAUAAGUGCUUGUAGAAGUUCGAUGAAAUGUUGUCGUCUCGCAAGGAUUCUUGAUUUUUUUUUUGAUGAGGCUAAGAAGAUGCAUGUUUGCGAUCCUUUCCCAACAUUGUGUAGGCAUGAUUGAUUGUGCCACAAAAAUGUGUAGUGUUGCGUCAAUGAGCCAAUGUUUUUUUUAUCUUCUAUUUUUAGAGAUGAUAAAGUAGACUGUCUUUUGACAAUGUUUUUAAUAUUUAAUGUAGGGCAUGCGAUAUCUUUGUAAAGUACCAUCAUUUUACAAGCAAUAAAAUGCAUGUUAAUACA